GAAAUAAGCAUCAAUCAAGCAAUCGAACAAUUGUCGAGGUGUACAUAGUCUUGAGAACUAGUGCUGCAUCUGAAUAAUUGCCGUUUUUUGAAAAGAGAAGGAAGCUGAUUUGACGCGUCGUCACCAUAUCAACAUCAACAAUUAGUAGAAGAGGAUAAUCAUGUCGGAGGAAACACCUACCCAAUCGCUUCCUAUCCCGGAGUCCUGUGGCCCCGACGCGCCGUCUGGAUUCCCAGGCAACGUGUCAGCCGAGCAACAGGCCAAGGUCGGGAUGCUGCGGAACGAGCUCAAGUCGGCGGGCUGCACCGAGCGCCUUGACGACCCUUCUCUUUUGCGAUUCCUACGAGCACGUAAGUUUGAUGUGCCGAAAGCAAAGGAGAUGUUUCUUGCGUGCGAAAAGUGGCGCGAGGAGUUCAAGGUCGAUGAUAUUGUUGCCAACUUUCAUUACGACGAGAAGCCGCUUGUGUCAAAGUACUAUCCGCAGUACUACCACAAGACUGAUGUGGAAGGACGACCGGUGUAUAUCGAGCAGUUGGGCGCGGUUAACUUGACGGAGAUGUACAAGAUUACCACGUUCGAGCGGAUGCUGCAGAACCUUGUGUGGGAGUACGAGACCUUUACGUCGAAGCGACUUGCUGCGUGCUCGCGAAAAGCAGGCGUGUUGAUUGAGACGUCGUGCACGAUUAUGGAUCUCAAGGGCGUGGGCAUCUCGAGCAUCAACCAGGUUUACCAGUACGUCCGCGAGGCUUCUGUUAUCGGCCAGAACUACUAUCCGGAGCGUAUGGGCAAAUUCUACAUGAUCAACGCCCCCUUCGGCUUCUCGACCGCCUUCAGACUGAUCCGUCCGCUCCUCGACCCGGUGACUGUGCAAAAGAUCUUCAUCCUGUCGUCGAGCUACCAGUCCGAGCUUCUGAAGCAGGUCCCGAGCGAGAACCUGCCCAAGAAAUUCGGCGGGCAGUGCGAGUGCGAAGGCGGAUGCGAGCUCUCGGACGCGGGCCCGUGGCAUGAUCCGCAGUACAUGUAAAUCUGUCUGAGUGAGUGAAGUGGUGGAGAGGAUUAUUGUGUACUGAGUGGUAGUGUAUUUGAUUAAUGUAUUUUGUUUAUAUAUAAAUGUUGUAGAUGUAGUAGUAAGAAGUAGUAAGCAGAGCAGUAAGCAGAGCAGAGCUGCGGCAGAUGAAACGGGAGUUUUGACUUUUAUUUUAAACAGGGGCACUUUGAGAAUGCA